UUUCCUAGUGAUCGAAAGAACUAUCAAAGGCUUGCAUUUUCCUGGUUUGCGCAAGCACUACUGAGAGAGCAGGGGCCGUAUCCAAUCCUAGACUUGAGAGAAGACGUGACUUUCUACCUUCGUAUCCAACCAAACAUAAAUUCCUUACCGAACCGUGGCCUGGAUGCCCUCUCCGUAUCGGUGAUAUUCAAUGCCCCUCUCAUAACUUCACGAUCACCUCCCGAGAUGUCAUUGCCUUUCAGCUUCGUUGCAAAUGGCGUCCCUAUACCUCCCGAAGAAGCCGAAAAAAUCCUCUCAGUUAGAAUCGACAUGAGUGGUCAGUUGGUAUCGUAUAGAGCACUGGCCAUCGAAAGGGCUUCAGUGCGCAUACGUGAAUCUGCAGCUAUGUGUGGGUUUGACCCCGCUCUGGGUGGGAUAGAUGUGUGUGAUUAUUUCGGCUUGUUUCCUUUGGAAAUAUUUGAUGAAUAUAAUGGGGAUGUUACCGAUGACGUUCGAGCGAGUAGCAGUAUCAAGACCCUCAAUUUAUUCAAAUCUAACUCUGGCAUUGGUAACUGAUGUAAUGAAUUUAACUGUACUUUCGUGUGCUCAUUGGCCUGCAGAUAAUAAUCUAGCGACCAGCAAGAUUCUGCCUCGCCACUGGCGCACCAGCGUUGAUGUUCCAUCUGCUUCGUCCAGUUACACGUCCAACGGCACGUUUGCAGUAGAAGUAAUUCAAAACGAAAGCACAGAUAUAUCCGAGCACCCGAAGCCGUCAGUCAUACUUCCACCAGCUGAGCACAUACGAACCGGAUACAAUUCACCGUCACCACGGCAAGUGAAAGUAGGCAUCAAGGACAUCGCAUGGACCAAGGACGUGACUGCUGAAGUCCGCGCCACCAUCAGCGAGGUAAUGGGUUCAGCAGCCAACGAGGUUACUAUGUUACCGUCGUUCUACGCUGUACGUGAGGAUGGAGGAAACACUUUCCCUCCUGCGUAUUUUAUCACGCCGAGCAUUCAUUGGGCGCGGUGGUUUUGUGCAGCUUGGAAUCGGAUGGUGGCCAAUAUUUUAUGGCGGGAUUCUUCGGCGUUUUAUGAGAUGGUGUAGGAAGAAAAUUGCAUGAACGUACAAUCAUUGUUUGGAUAUAAUCUGGGUAGGACGUCCAUCAAAAGUCCAUAGAUACGUAGAUAGGUAGGAUUACACGAUACGGUUCAUCGGGGGACGCCAGUGAGUCGAAACCACGAUGUUGCCUUGUAUUUCUACAAAAAAACGCGUCG